AUUAGUGACAUUCAGAAAAGUGUUGUUCUUUUUAUCGAAAAUCAGUCAGUACUUAUCAAAAUCUCAAUAGAUGAGCGUGGUGGUGUUUGUUGAGUGAAACGUAGUGCAUUUGCAAGAUGAAUUAGUGAAUAAAGUGCGGGUUUUUCCGACAUAGCGAAGUAAAUUUGCUGACUUAGAUUCAUUAUGGCAGCGAAAAAGACAGAUGGGGACCAGGAUGGUAAAGCCGCAGACAAGAAGCAGGCCUUAGAUGUAAAGUUCCAAUCAAUAGAUGAUCCAGCCGAUCCGGAUGAGGCCGUCGACGCAUCUUCAUUUACUGGAUUGUACAGAUUUGCCACUCAACCACAAAAAUACGUGAUAGUAAUUGGGGCUAUCAUAGCUCUGAUUUCCGGCGCCCUCCAGCCGCUCAACAACUUGCUGUUUGGGGAUCUCACUCAAACCAUCAUCGAGUACAGCCAGGCGUGUUUUAUCCCAAGUUCCACUGAAUGCGGGGCCGCAGGCGACAAUCUCUUAGCAGGAAUUAAACACUUUGCCUUAUGGAACUCACUAAACGGUGUCGCUAUUAUGAUCACUGCCUAUCUGGCCACUGAGGCUUUCAGCUACAACGCCAUUAAACAAGUCUUCAAAGUGAGGUCGCUCUAUCUGCAAAGGCUGCUCAACAAGGACAUUCCCUGGUUCGAUGUGCACAAUUCCGGAGACUUUUCCAGUCGAAUGGCUGACGACUUGUCCAAGUUUGAGGAUGGCAUUGGGGAAAAAGUGCCGCUCUUCUUAACCCUUCAAGGGUCGUUCAUUUCCGCCAUCACUCUAGCUUUGGUCAAAGGAUGGGAGCUGGCUCUAAUUUGCCUCAUUUCCCUGCCAGUUUCUCUGAUUGCUGUUGGCCUGAUCGCUUUCUUGACUACCAAGUUCUCGAAAAAGGAGCUCGACGCUUAUGCUGAAGCUGGUUCAAUUGCAGAGGAAGUUCUAACAUCGAUUAGAACAGUCAUUGGGUUUGGAGGAGAAAAACUGGAAACUCAGAGAUACGACAAGAGUCUGAUUUUUGCAAGAAACAACAACAUCAGGAGGCAUUUUUUCGAAGGAAUCGGUUAUGGUCUGCUGUGGUUGUGCAUUUUCUCCAGCUAUGGCUUGGCCUUUUGGUAUGGCGUCAAACUUAUGCUGGAUGGAAACCCCGUUUACACCCCCGGAAACAUGAUAACAGUUUUCUUCAGCGUUAUGACCGGCAGUAUGAACUUCGGAGUGGCUUCGCCCUUCAUUGAGGCUUUUGCCACCGCCAAAGCGGCAGGAGGGAAGAUUUUCCACACCAUCGACACUUCCCCGACAAUCAACCAAUCGAAGAACAGUGGAGCUAAGCUGGAUCAAGUGAGGGGCAACAUCAAGCUCCAAAACGUCAAGUUUCAAUACCCAUCCAGGAAGGAUGUGCCGAUCCUCCAAGGAAUUGACCUGGAGAUCCAGGCUGGAGACACAGUGGCUUUGGUGGGCAGCUCUGGAUGUGGGAAGUCCACAGUUUUGCAAUUGGUGCAAAGGUUUUACGACCCUCUUCAAGGCCAGGUCUUCAUCGAUGGAAAAGACGUCAAAGACCUGGACCUUUCCUGGUACCGUCAAUCUAUCGGUGUGGUCAGUCAAGAACCUGUUCUGUUUGGCACCACAAUUGCAGAAAAUAUCAGAUAUGGGAACAAAGAGGCAACCGAACAAGACAUUGUUCAAGCAGCAAAAAGGGCAAAUGCACAUCGAUUCAUCAAAGGAUUGCCUGAGGGUUAUCACACAUUAGUUGGAGAAAGAGGGGCUCAACUAUCUGGAGGGCAGAAGCAGAGAAUCGCAAUUGCCAGAGCUCUGGUGCGAAAUCCCGCCAUUCUACUACUGGAUGAAGCCACCUCUGCGUUGGACACAAACAGCGAAGCCAAAGUGCAAGCUGCUUUGGACAGAGCGAGUGAAAAUCGAACUACCAUCAUUGUGGCACAUCGGCUCAGCACGAUUCGCGGAGCGAAUAAAAUCGUUGUUAUCAGCGAUGGAAAAGUGGUGGAACAAGGCACUCAUGAAGACUUAAUGGAGUUGAAAAAAGAAUAUUACACUUUAGUGACAACUCAAGUGCAAGGCAGUGAGAAGUUUGAGAACAUCGACGAGACAAAAGAGAAGAAAAUCCUUGACUACGCUGAGGAUGACGAUGAGGACUUUGCACCAAGAAAGGAAAUAGAUGAAGAAGCCGAAGUAGACAACUACGUAAAAACUGCAUCGUUAUGGUCGAUAGUGAAACUGAAUUCCCCCGAAUGGCUUUCGCUUGUUCUUGGCUGCAUUGGAGCAGGCGCUAUGGGAACUGCAUUUCCAAUAUUCGCCAUUCUCUUUGGAAAUAUUCUGCAGGUGUUGCAAGACAUCGACAGCAACCCCGACUAUGUCAGGCAGGAAACUAACAAAUAUUGCCUAUAUUUUGUUCUUGCUGGCGUUCUCUCGAUGUGUGCUACGUUUUUGCAGAUGUACAUGUUUGGAAGAGCUGGCCAAAAACUGACUCUCCGCAUACGAAGUCGCAUGUUUGACGCUCUGCUUAAGCAGGAAAUGGGGUAUUUCGAUCGCAAAGAAAACGGCGUUGGAUCUUUGUGUGCCAAACUGUCCAACGAGGCCGCUCAAGUGCAAGGGGCCACCGGCCAGCGAAUUGGGACGAUCGUCAAUUCCCUGGCCACUCUGAGCCUAUCAGUUUUCCUUGCUGUUUACUAUGAAUGGAGGCUGGGCUUGGUUGCAAUGGUUUUCGUACCUUUGAUCAUUGUAGCCACGUUCCUUCAACGGAGGCAAAUGUCGCAGGAAAGCGACGAUUACAAGGAGUCUUUGCAAAAGUCCACUAAAAUCGCUGUUGAAGCCGUCGGCAGUAUUCGAACAGUCGUAUCCUUAGGAUGCGAAGAAACCUUCCUCAACUUGUACAUCAAUGAGCUGACGCCUCAUAUUAAGAAAUGCCUCAGGAAUACGCAUGCCAGGGCGUUCAUUUUGGGUUUUUCCAGAGCAAUUAUGAUUUUCGCAUUUUCCGCCUGUUUGGUCUAUGGGGGCUAUCUGAUUAAAAACGACAAUGUUCAAUAUGGCGACGUGUUCAAGGUUGCACAGGCCUUAAUAAUGGGCACAGUUUCCAUAGCAAAUUCGCUAGCGUUUACCCCCAACCUCGAAAAAGGGUUGGUAGCAGCCCGCACAGUGAUGAACAUGAUUAAUAGAAUCCCCAAAGUCAGCAACAGCCAGAAUGCCCUUAUUAAAAAAACUGCGGAUGGCAACGUUGACUAUUCCCAGAUUCGCUUCGCCUACCCGACUAGGGACUCGAUCCAGGUGCUGAAAGGUCUGGAUUUGUCGGUCUUGCAAGGGAAAACCGUUGCUCUAGUGGGGCCCAGCGGGUGUGGAAAGUCCACAAUUAUUCAACUCCUGGAGCGCUUUUAUGAUCCAGCUUCAGGCACGGUGUCUUUGGACAAGGAUGACAUUAAGUCCAUCACUUUGGACUCAUUGAGGUCGCAUUUGGGAAUUGUCUCGCAAGAGCCGAACUUAUUCAGUCGCUCUAUAGCAGAGAAUAUAGCCUAUGGAGACAACUCAAGACAGGCCACUGAGGUGGAAAUUAUCGAAGCCGCCAGAAAAGCCAACAUUCACAACUUUAUUGCACAUCUACCAAAAGGCUACAAAACGAAACUAGGGGAAAAAGGAACCCAGCUAUCUGGCGGCCAAAAGCAGCGAAUCGCCAUCGCAAGGGCUCUGAUCAGACAGCCUAAGGUGCUGCUGCUGGACGAAGCCACAUCGGCUUUGGACGCAGAAAGCGAAAAGGUUGUCCAGGAGGCUCUGGACAAUGCCAAACAAGGCAGGACGUGCCUCACAAUAGCGCAUCGGCUGACAACAAUCCAGGACGCCGACUUGAUAUGUGUGGUAAAUGACGGUGUUAUUGUCGAGCAAGGAAACCACACAGAUUUAAUUGAAAGGAAAGGGUUGUACUAUCGGCUACACGCCCAUCAACACUAGCUUAUGUAGAUUAUCAUAGAUUUAAGCGAGGACUUCGUUAAUUUGUAAUUUGAGAAGAACUCUUAAACAUUCUUUAUUAGUCACUCAAGCAUUGUACAUAAGUCGCAGAAAAAUACACAGUUGCUAUAAAAUGA